GUUACGAGUUAUCAAGGGGGAGAGUUGCGUGGAGGAGCCAUUGUAGCUGCCGACGACAGCAUCAUGGGCCCAAAGCUGAGCGUCGAAGCCAAGUUCACAUCAGCGUCGCCGAUUCUAAAGGAGUAUCGCCAAGGUUGGUGUCCGUGAGGUGUCAUCUUUGGCGUGUUCAACCCGAGCGACAUGAUCGGCGUAGUGCAAUUACGCGAGGUCCGCCAAGUCAUCCAAGACUAUGAAGACAUGCAGCGCGAAUAUGGCGACUUCAUGGCCGUGACUCAGGACCAGUUUGAUCAGCUCUUUUCCGUCGUGUGCAGCGACACUGUAGCUCACUUUCAAGAAUUUGAUGUGCGUGGGGUCGGGCGCGUCGACGUGCUCGAAGUAUUCGCAGUCCUCAUUGUGUUUUCAAAAGACUUGAUCGAGCCCAAGAUCCAAGCAUUGUUUUCCUUAUUUGAUUUUGACAAGACGUGCUACAUCUCGCAUACCGAGCUUGUUAUGCUCAUGAUCUGUUGUACGCGCGGCUUGUGCCGCGUGGUCGGGUUGGAGCGACCCGACAACCUGGAACUCGAAUGCUUGGCCAACGAAGCGUUCGCCAAGAUCGACACAAACCGCAAUCGGCGCAUUUCACUCAGCGAGUUUUCGUUUUGGCUUCAUCACGAACAUAGCGUCAUCUUGUACCUCAAAAAAUUCGCCAGCACGCGCUUGAUUGCCGAUGCCAUGCUCUUGUACGACAGACAGCUAAAACUCGCCAUCGAUCUCUUCUUGGCCGCGGCUGCUGUCCGCCAUAAAGCGUCGGUCGGCAACGCUGCGGAAGGCACGGUGAGCUAUCCUGCGUGCACGCUGGUUCAAGUUCGAUCAGUCGUCUCAGCCCUCAAGCUGCCCAAUCUCAAGCCGAACCACGUGGAUGAACUCAUUGGUUACAUGACCCAGAUGGUCGAAGCGGACGAAGAUUCCGGACACUCGGUGAUUGCCUUGCCCAACUUCUUGUCGGUCAUGUCGCCGGCACUGGCGUUCUUUGCCGCCGACGACGACCACUCGAUGACUGUGGACGUGCAAGAGCUGCGUAUUUUGCUGUGGUUGAUGCGCAAAAAGGAACCAACGGAGCUCCAAACAAAAGGCAUGCUCUUGUCCCUCGAUGACGACGAAAACGGCCAACUGAGCUGCAUGGAAUGGGUCCACUAUGCAUCUGGCAUCGACCAAUCCACAGGAUCGCUGGCGUUCAACGCGCAGCUGCGAUACCUCUUUGAGCAAUGCGAUCGUGACGGGAAUGGCUCAAUUCACGUUGCCGAUUUCAGCGCCGGUCUCAAAACAGUCGUGACGCGGUCCGUGCAUGCGGCCAUUCCCAAAGCCAACAAAGUUCUCUAAUUCCGUGUUUUCGUGCGACGCUAUCUCAUGUCGCGGUGGCCGCAGGUUGGGGAGAAGAAGUGGGCGAUCAUAGACGACAUGCUGGCGUCACUCGCAAAGGAAAUUAUGGACUGUGUCGACGUGAACAACAGCAAAACGAUCGAGUGGAAAGAAUUCAAAGCCCAUUUAGAGUUCAUCGAAGACCGCGUGGCCAAGGUCAAGGCGUAUGUCCUCGGGUUUGUCGUCGUGUAAUCGAACAAGUAAAGCAUGCGUCUCGGGCGCUGUGGUGUUGUGUGGCGAGCG